GGUGAGGCUCUCGCCACUCCUCUCGCCCACCGCUGCUCCUCUGACCAGUGUCGUCCGAGUCCUCCUUCGCCAUGACUUCCUACAGCUAUCGUCAAUCGUCCGCCACCUCGUCCUUCGGGGGCCCGGGCGGCGGCUCCCUGCGCCUCGGGGCGGGAGGUGCCUUCCGCGCGCCCAGCAUCCACGGGGGCUCGGGCGGCCGCGGCGUGUCUGUGUCCUCCGCCCGCUUCGUGUCCUCGUCCUCCGGCGGCUACGGCGGGGGCUACGGCGGCAGCUUUGCCGGCGGCCUGGCCGGGUCCGACGGGCUGCUGUCGGGCAAUGAGAAGCUCACCAUGCAGAACCUCAAUGACCGCCUGGCCUCCUACCUGGACAAGGUGCGCGCCCUGGAGGAGGCCAACGGCGACCUGGAGGUGAAGAUCCGCGGCUGGUACCAGAAGCAGGGGCCCGGGCCCGCCCGCGACUACAGCCACUUCUUCAAGACCAUCGAGGAGCUGCGGGACAAGAUUCUUGGUGCCACCAUCGAGAACUCCAAGAUUGUCCUGCAGAUCGACAAUGCCCGUCUGGCUGCAGAUGACUUCCGAACCAAGUUUGAGACGGAGCGGGCCCUCCGCAUGAGCGUGGAGGCCGACAUCAACGGCCUGCGCCGGGUGCUGGACGAGCUGACUCUGGCCAGGACCGACCUGGAGAUGCAGAUCGAGGGCCUGAAGGAGGAACUGGCCUACCUGAAGAAGAACCACGAGGAGGAAAUCAGUGCCCUGAGGGGCCAGGUGGGUGGCCAGGUCAGUGUGGAGGUGGAUUCCGCUCCGGGCAUCGACCUUGCCAAGAUCCUGAGUGACAUGAGAAGCCAAUAUGAGGUCAUGGCUGAGAAGAACCGAAAGGAUGCUGAAGCCUGGUUCACCAGCCGGACCGAGGAGCUGAAUCGGGAGGUGGCUGGCCACACAGAGCAGCUGCAGAUGAGCAAGUCGGAAGUCACUGACCUGCGGCGCACCCUCCAGGGUCUGGAGAUCGAGCUGCAGUCUCAGCUAAGCAUGAAAGCCGCCCUGGAAGGAACACUGGCGGAAACAGAGGCCCGCUUUGGAGCCCAGCUGGCCCAGAUCCAGGCUCUGAUCAGCAGCAUGGAAACCCAGCUGAGCGAGGUGCGUGCCGACACUGAGCGGCAGAACCAGGAGUACCAGCAGCUCAUGAACAUCAAGUCGCGGCUGGAGCAGGAGAUCGCCACCUACCGCAGCCUGCUGGAGGGCCAGGAUGCCCACUACAACAACCUGCCAACCCCCAAGGCUCUCUGAGUCCAGCAGCCUCCUGGGCUUCCUGCUCUCCUGCAGAGGAGAUCCCCUGGGUAGGGCCAUGGGAGGGGAGGGACCCUACCCCUGGUUCUUCCCCUUGACCUGCCAAUAAAGUUUUAUGGCUCGAGGAAGGAUGUUGGGUUUGUUUUUUCGGCCCAUAGAGAUGGUUCUGUUUUGGUUUUAUUUGGAUCAGAGUGCACCCUGUCCAGGAGAGGGAAGAGAGGGUGCUCACCAACUCCUACUGGUAGGCCAAUUCCUGUUUGCAGAACUCUAAGUUUGUCUAACCUGUUCCUUAAAAUAAGCUUGUGAAACAAGCAUUGCUCCCCCCU